UGGAACCCUAACCAGAACAAGACCAAGAAACAAGAAGCAGAUUCAUUUUUGUUUGAGAAAAUCUGAACCAGGAGUUUUUCAAUCAGACAGUAUUGGAACUAGUAAUUCAAUCAUGAAUUCUCAUAAACGCUCUAGAAAAGAGUCAGAAGGUGACACCAAUAUUCAGAAAAAGGUCAAGGAAGGGCACAGGAGAGCUGUUUCAAACCGAAAACUUGCCAAAACAAAACCGUUGCCAGACGAUACGUUAUUGGCUGUGGUGAAAGCUAAAUUGAAACCAGUAUUGGGCGAUGUGGUAAAGGCAGAUGCAAAAGCAAAAGCAGUAUCCAAAGCUAGGAUGAAGUCUAAGGCGAAAGCAAAACGAGCAUCAGUCGUGGCGAAGAAGGGUGUGUUUGCAACGAAAAUACGCUUUUUUUGGAAGGAAACAUUAGAAGGAUUAAAGGAAGAACUGAAAGAGAAGGAGCUGGAACUUGUGUUGCUUGAAAAUAUUUCGACAAAAGAGAAACUGAAGUACUGUAUUGAUCUACUUGCUGAACGGGUUAGUGAGUCAUUAUUUGAGUCUUUUGUGGCUGAUUAUGAGGAUUUUGCUCGUAAUGGCGUAGAGGAAUUAACCGCCAGAAUGGUAAACAAGCAGCUCGAGUUUAAUAAUAUAGAAAAUGAUAUAAAGCUUCUGAACGAAACUAGAACAUCACUCCUGGAACUGACUGAUCAGUUGUGUAAACAAAGAGCAGAUAAAGAAGUUGAACUACAGAAAGAUAUUGAAAGACUGAAUCAAGAGAAGAUUACACUCAGAAGUCAUGUUGCAGCACUCGAGAAACAGGAUUCGGAGAUGGGAACUCAAAUUGAUUCACUGAGCAAAGACAAGAAUAAACUGGAAAGUGAUAAUGAAUUACUUAAUAAACUAAAGACGAACCUGGGUAGUUAUGUUGAAGAUCUUAAAAAGGAGAUGCUUGAAUUGGUAAAUGAUGUAUGUGCGCUCAAGAAAGAAAAGGAAACACUGGAAAAUGAGAAGAUAGAAUUGGGUGGCGAAAUUGAAAUAUAUAACAAAGAAAAGUCUUCAUUGCAAAGUGAUAUUUGUUUGGUCACCGAAAGGAAGAUAAUCUUGGAAAAUGAAAUUGAGUCGAGUAACAAUAAGAAGAUGGAAAUGGAAAGUGACAGUGAGUUACUUAACAACAAGAAGGAUAAAAUGGUAAAUGAUAUUGAAGUACUUAACCUUAUUAUCAAAGAAAAGUUGGCAGUGCAGAGUGAUAUUCGUUUGCUCGAUGAAAAGAUGACUAUCCUGGAGAAUAAAUUUGAGUCGCGUAAUUAUGAGAAGAAGAAAUUGCAAGACGAUUUGGAGAUUCUCAACAAAGAGAAGUUUGCAGUACAAGGUGAUAUUCGUUCUCUCAAGGAAAAGAAGACUGUUCUGGGAAGUGAAACUGAAUCCCUUACCAAUGAGAAGACUAGCUUGGGAAAUGAAACUGAGUUACUCAACAUGGAGAAGACGAAAUUGGUUAAUGAUUUGGAGUUGCUCAACAAGGAGAAGAUUAGACUAGGAGCUGAUACUGAGUUACUUAACGAGAAAAAUUCUACAGUACAAGAUGUUAUUUGUUCGCUCAACCAAAGGAAGACUGUUCUGGAAAGUGAAAUUGACUUGCUCAGCAAUGCGAAGACUAGCUUGGGAAAUGAGACUGAGUUACUCAACAUGGAGAAGGCGAAAUUGGUUAGUGAUUUGGAGUUGCUCAACAAGGAGAAGACUAGAUUGGGAGCAGAUACCGAGUCACUUAACAAGAAAAAUUCUACAGUACAAGAUGUUAUUUGUUCGCUCGACCAGAGGAAGUCUGUUCUGGAAAACGAAAUUGAAUCGCUUAGCAAUGAGAAGACUAGCUUGGGAAAUGACACUGAGUUACUCAACAUGGAGAAGACUAAAUUGGCAAGUGAUUUGGAGUUGCUCAACGAGGAGAAGACUAGAUUGGGUGCUGAUACUGAGUUACUUAACGAGAAAAAUUCUACAGUACAAGAUGUUAUUUGUUCGCUCGACCAAAGGAAGUCUGUUCUGGAAAGUGAAAUUGAAUCGCUUAGCAAUGAGAAGACUAGCUUGGGAAAUGAGGCUGAGUUACUCAACAUGGAGAAGACGAAAUUGGUAAGUGAUUUGGAGUUGCUCAACAAGGAGAAGACUAGUUUGGGAGCUGAUACCGAAUUACUUAACAAGAAAAAUUCUACAGUACAAGUUGUUAUUUGUUCGCUCGACCAAAGGAAGUCUGUUCUGGAAAGCGAAAUUGAAUCGCUUAGCAAUGGGAAGACUUGCUUGGGAACUGAGACCGAGUUGCUCAACAAGGAGAAGUCGAAAUUGGUUAAUGAUCUUGAAUUUUUCAAGAAAGAGCAGUUGGGAGUGCAGAGUGAUAUUUGUUCGCUCAACCAAAGGAAGACUGUUCUGGAAAGUGAAAUUGAAUCGCUUAGCAAUGAGAAAACUGGCUUGGGAACUGAGACCGAGUUGCUCAACAAGGAGAAGUCGAAAUUGGUUAGUGAUCUUGAAUUUUUCAAGAAAGAGCAGUUGGCAGUGCAGAGUGAUAUUUGUUCGCUCAACCAAAGGAAGACUGUUUUGGAAAGUGAAAUUGAAUCGCUUAGCAAUGAGAAGACUGGCUUGGGAACUGAGACCGAGUUGCUCAACAAGGAGAAGUCGAAAUUGGUUAGUGAUCUUGAUUUUUUCAAGAAAGAGCAGUCGGCAGUGCAGAGUGAUAUUUGUUCGCUAGAGGAAAAGAAGACGAUCCUGGAAAAUAAAAUUGAAUCGCUUAACAAUGAGAUGACACAGUUGGGAAGUGAUGCCGAGUUACUUAACAAGGAGAAGGCAAUAUUGCUGAGUGAUUUUGAAAUACUUAACAAAGAAAAGUGUGUAGUGCAAAGUGAUAUUUGUUCGCUCAUUGAAAAGAAGAUUAUACUGGAAAGUGAAACCGAAUCGCUUAGCAAAGAGAAGACUAAGUUGGGAAAUGACACUGACUUUCUCAACCAGCAGAAGAAGAAACUGAGAAGUGAUUUUGAAUUUCUCAUCAGUGAAAAGUGUAAUGUACAAGCUGAUAUUUGUUCACUUAAUGGAAAGAAGAUUACUCUGGAAUGUGAAAUUGAAUCGCUUUGCAGUGAGAAGACUCAAUUGGGAACUGAUACGGAGUUACUCAACAAGGAGAAGAAGAUAUUGGUAAGUGAUAUGGAGUUACUCAAAAGGGAGAAGACGAAAUCGCAAGCCGAUUUUGAAAUUCUCGACAGCAAAAAAUCUGCAAUACAAGGUGAUAUCUUGUCUCUCAAUGAAAAGAAGACUCUGUUGGAAAGUGAAAUUACUUCACUUAGCUGUGAGAAGACUCACUUGACAAGUGAUACCGAGUUACUCAGCAAAGAAAUGUCUUCGGUGCAAAGUGAUGUUUGUUCGCUGAACGAAAAGAAGACUCUGUUGGAAAGUGAAAUUAUUUCACUUAGCAGUGAGAAGACUCAAUUAAGAAGUGACACCGAAUUACUCAACAAAGAAAUGUCUACAGUGCAAAGUGAUGUUUGUUCGCUGAAUGAAAAGAAGACUCUGUUGGAAAGUGACGUUAUUUCACUUAGCGGUGAGAAGACUCAAUUGAGAAGUGAUACCGAGUUACUCAACAAAGAAUUUUCUACAGUGCAAACUGAUGUUUCUUCGCUGAAUGAAAAGAAAACUCUGUUGGAAAGUGAAAUUAUUUCACUUAGCAGUGAGAAGAGCCAAUUGAGAAGUGAUACCGAGUUACUCAACAAAGAAAUGUCUACAGUGCAAAGUAAUGUUUGUUCGCUGAAUGAAAAAAAGACUAUCUUGGAAAGUGAAACCGAAUCACUUGACAAGGAGAAGACUAAAUUACGAAGCGAUUUUGAAGUUCUAAACAAAGAAAAGCUGGCAGUGCAGAGUGGUAUUUGUUCGCUAGAGGAAAAGAAGACUAUUCUGGAAGAUGAAGUUGAAUGGCUUCACAAUAAGAAGACUCAAUUGGGAAGUGAUACCGAGCUACUCAACAAGGAGAAGACGAAAUUGCAAACCGAUUUUGAAUCUCUCAGCGAAGAAAUGUCUGCAGUGAAGGGUGAUAUAUGCUCGCUCAAUGAAAAGAAGACUAAUCUGGAAAGUGAAUUUGAAUCGCUUAGCAAUGAGAAGACUAACUUGGGAAAUGAUAUUGAGGUGCUCAAUGAGGAGAAGACAAAACUGCAAAGUGAUUUCGAAUUUCUCAACAAAGAAAAGUCUACAGUGGAAAGUGUUAUUUCUUCACUUAACGAAAAGAAGACUCUCCUGGAAAGUGAAAUUGAAUUACUUAAAAAUGUGAAGACUAAAUUGGGAACUGAAACUGAGUUUCUUAACAAGGAGAAGACAGAACUGCGUAGUGAUUUUGAAUCUCUCAACCAUGAGAAAACUAAUCUGGGAAUGGAUGUUGUGCUACUCAAGAAAAGAAAAUCUGAAUUAGAAACUGAUUUUGGUUUCCUCCAAGAUGAGAAGAAUACACUGCAUAAUGAGAUUGACUCUAUGAACAAGGAGAAGGCUAUGUUGCAUUCUAAUAUACAAUUUCUCAAUAAGGAGAAGGAUAAAUUGCAAUCUGAUGUCGAAUUUCUCAAUGAAGAGAAGGCUGAAUUUAUUCGUUCAGCUACGUCUGAAGUUAAUGAAUGUUUUUAUGAACGUGAGAAAACACUGGAGGCGAAUGAAAAGUUGUUCAUAGAACUUAAAGAGAUGAACCAAACAUUGGUUGCCAAGGAACGGUUUUACACUGAAGAGCUUCAGGAAGCUCGCCAAGAAUUUAUCAAGGUAAUAGCUUCAGAGAAGGUAAAUACCAGACAUACAGGGAUUGGAGUCAAGACAAUGAGAAAGGGAGAACAGGUGCUCUGGAACUUCAGAGAGGGAAAGAGAGCGUCGCUGAAAGAAGUAAUUAGAUUUCAGUUUAACCGUAUGAAAAAGUAAAACAGAUCAACGUUCUACAUCAGCCUUCAUCUGUUAACUGUGCAGAGGAUUUUUCAGCUGGACAUUAUGAAUGUCUACUUCCUCCAAUUUUCUGACAUGAUUGAAGACUGUAGAGAUGUUGUUGUUUAAUGAAGACGGUGGAGAUGUUAUCGGAUGGCUGCCAAUGUAAAGCUAAACCUGUAAAUGUUGAACAUUUGAAUACAAAGCUGUUACCAAAGCUACAUUUUAGACAAAGUCGGGGAUAUAACUCAGUUUGCUUGAUCAAGGUCGGAUUCACUCCAUUUCCUCUCUAAGAGAAAUGGAGCUAGGGGUCUCGAAUAUUCACAAUGUAGUGGAUGACAGCUUUUGGAUAUCCCAGAUUAAUAUGCCAGAGUUGUAGGAAUCAGUGGAACAAUAUAUCCAGGAGGUUCAGUUCGCGGUGCAUAUGGAGGAUAGGUUAAUUUGGACCCAUAGCAAUACAGGUGCAGGUACUACAAAGACAGCUUAUGAAUACUGCAGACCUGAUAAGCCAGCUGACAUUAACUUGUCGAAAUUGUAGGAUCCCAGAACGCCUCAGAGAAGAGCCUGGACCGUGUAGAAGUUGUUACAUAAUCCAGUGCCUAAUGAUGAUAUAGUUCUUUUUCCUGGAAUUAGCUCGGCGUCUUGCUGUAAUUUGUAUACGGUUCUGUGUUGCUUUGAAACACAACACCUAUUCUUUGAAUGCGCUUAUGCAACUGCGCUUUGGAAUUGGUUAGGCAGUCUUCAAUGUUGCUUUAACUGCAACUUCUAUUUGCAGAAUGUUCACUAUUAUCAGUAGCUUUGUUGGCA